AUGUUUCCUUAUCCUUCCGGGAGUGGUCUACAUGUCGGUCAUAUUCGUGUUUACGCGAUUACUGAUGCCUUAGCCCGUUUUUAUCGUUUACAAGGUUAUAACGUUCUCAUGCCAAUUGGUUGGGACGCCUUUGGUUUACCGGCCGAACAAUACGCCAUUCAAACUGGCAAUCACCCCGCUACUUUUACCAACACUAAUAUUCAAAAUUUCAAAAAGCAAUUAUUCAAAAUGGUAGAAAAAAAUAUAACUAUUAAAGUUUUCACUAAAUCUCCCCAAACUAUUUACGGAGUAACAGCCCUUUCUUUAUCCCUCAAUCAUCCUCUUUUAACAGAACUUACCUUGCCAACAAAUCAAGUUAAGAUAAUAGCUAAUUUUGUGCUUGAAAAUUACGGAACAGGAGCGGUAAUGAUUAACGCUUUUUCUCCGGAAAUUUUUGCCUACAAAGAAAUUACGGGAUUAGUUAGCGAAAAAGAAUUAAAACAAAACCAAGAAGUAGACUUCGCUUUCGUUCAAAAGUAUAAUUUGCCAAUAAAAAAAAUAUUUCAUUUAAACAUAUCAAAAACAGAGAUAGGCGGUUAUUUUAUUAGUUCACCUUUAUUUAAUAACUGCCGCAACAGAGAAGAGGCAAUUGAAAUUAUCAACAAUUAUUUAGAAAAAGAAAAAAAGGGAAGAGUGGGCGAAAUUUAUCACUUAAAAGAUUGA